GUGUGCACUUUAUCACUGGAAUACAUCACAGUCGCUAAUAAACGCAUUAUCUUGCCCCAUUACCAACGUAUAAAUACUGUGGAUCGAGGUGAAAUUAGGCAUACAUAGGGCAUCAUUUACGAAAGCAGUUUAGAAGUGCUCCCAUGGCAUCCUUUCAAUUACGGACGUGCCUUCUAUGUUGCCUACUUUUCAUAACGAUCCUCCAGCCGGUAGCGAGCCUACGGUCGUACAAAACGAUCCCGAUCGUCAAGAACGUGAUCACACAGUCUAACCCAAAGUACCUAAACGCAACUACCGUGGCGCACAACACACCAACCGAGCACAAGGUGGAUCUUAUCCUAGACGUUAAGAGACCUAUGUCCAAUUUGCACAUGACCUUUGUGGCUUGGAUCAAUGUCAUCUCCGGCGCACUGCAGGCCCCACUGCACAAUCAAACCUUCGAUUUCUGCGAGUUUCUCAAGAACCCAAGUAUGCACCGCUUCGGUCAAAUCAUACACCGCGAGGUGAAGCGGAAUGGAAACAUGCCCCGCAACUGCCCGAUCACUGCCGAUGUGUACGCGUUUUACGGCAUACCGAUGGCUACGGUAUGGCUGCCAAACUUCUUGCCUGAAACGGAUUUCAUAAUGCAAAUUUUCCUUCGUACAACGACCGAGUUGAUCUACGAUGCCCGUUGGUACGGGACGAUCAAGCGAAUAAAAUGUUCCAGAGCUGGUCGAUGCUAGGAUAUGUUGCAAUUGGUUGUUCGUUGUCAUGCUAAUGAUGUUACCGGCAUGAAACGUUUGAUGCUAACAUAUAACGCUGUGUACCUCCACUAAGAUUUGCUCACCGAUUGUGCACGAUAAGCACAGGGACAAGGAAACUGUCUCCAACAGACACGCUAAUAUCAGCACACUUCACGGAGAAUAUGUAAGUUUUCUAACACAUUCUAACACUAAGCUUUAAGUGUUCUAUUCUCAAACUUCUCGCUAAUAGGCACCUACAGCAUAAAAUAUAAUAGUCGCUUCUUUACGUCAUUGGAAAAUUUGCAAAUAAAAUGCAACGCUUUUACAUCUUGUAAAAGAUUCCAUACUUUGAGUACAUAUAUGUUUAUACUUCACCUACAAUUCCAGAGAGUCAAGUGUACUGAAAACGAUCUCUUAGCGAGAUCCCUCAUUAAAAGCAGAAUCAAUGGUCUGUGAU